CGCCGCUCGCCGUCCCUCCCUCCCUCUCUGCCGUCCUCUCCGCACACACAAGCACACACGCACACCCCCUCCCCUGCCUCCCUCCCCGCGCGCCGCCCGCCCCGCCGGCCCCGCUCGCCCUCGCGCGCUCGGAAGGGAGUCGCGAGACGUCGGAGCGGCGGCCACGUAGCGCUGCGGCGGCGGCGGCGGCGGCGGCGGCGGCGGCCGAGGCCGGGACUGCGGAGCGGCCCUGAGGACAGACGUUGGGCAGGGGGGAGGGGCCGGCCCGGCCGGUGGUUGUUACUCGAGCGCCGCGGCUACAGGCCCCCCGCCGCAGGGAUGGACCGCCGAGGCGGCGGUCGGGGCGGCGGAGGCGGAGGCGGCCGGCCUGGGAGGAAAAACAUAUACCCUCAACUUCAUCAGAUAUAAAGUGGAAAGUGCAGUGGUUCAUGAAGCAGCUGAACCAGCCACAACUUGCAUUAAAGGAAGAUAAGAUGCUCCAUGUCAUUUGCAGCUUUCUUCAAAAGAAAAAUCACUAGUGCUCUGCUCUUGCCAUAAUACCAAACCUUUUGACUUACGCUUUGGUGCUGCAACACUGGAAGAAUUGCACACAGGUUCCAGGAAUACCUUUUUUUUCAUUUGAGUGAUUCUUUGUGGAUGGAAAAAGAUUUGAGUCUUAAUAAUUACCCUGUUUUAAAGCUAUUUCUCUAUAGUCUGAACUGCUUAAUAAAUUAGGCCACUUACCAAUGAGCCACACAGUCAGUUCUUGUCAGGAGCUGGUUGAAAACUGUGCUGUGCAUGUAACAGGAAUGGCACAAGAAGAUAGCUGUCGUGGUCAAGUGCCAUCUACCUUUUAUCAUGGUGCCAACCAGGAACUUGACCUGUCCACCAAAGUGUACAAAAGAGAAUCAGGAAGUCCGUAUUCUGUGUUAGUGGACACCAAGAUGAGCAAACCACAUCUCCAUGAAACAGAAGAGCAGCCAUAUUUCAGGGAGACAAGAGCAGUGUCUGACGUGCAUGCUGUUAAAGAAGACCGGGAGAAUUCUGAUGACACAGAAGAGGAGGAGGAGGAGGAAGUCUCCUACAAAAGGGAGCAGAUCAUAGUGGAGGUAAACCUUAAUAAUCAAACAUUAAAUGUAUCUAAAGGGGAAAAGGGUGUCUCUUCUCAGUCCAAAGAGACUCCUGUUCUUAAGACAAGCAGUGAGGAGGAAGAGGAAGAGAGUGAGGAAGAGGCCACGGAUGACAGUAAUGACUAUGGAGAAAACGAAAGGCAGAAGAAAAAGGAGAAGAUAGUGGAGAAAGUCAGCGUUACACAAAGGAGAACGAGGAGAGCUGCCUCUGUUGCCGCAGCUGCCGCCUCCCCUACUCCCAGAGCUACAAGAGGUCGUAGGAAGAGUGUAGAGCCACCUAAGCGUAAGAAGCGGGCCGCAAAGGAGCCCAAAGCGCCAGUCCAGAAAGCUAAGUGUGAAGAGAAAGAGACUCUGACCUGUGAGAAGUGCCCCAGGGUGUUUAAUACUCGCUGGUACCUGGAGAAGCACAUGAACGUUACUCAUAGGCGCAUGCAGAUUUGUGAUAAGUGUGGCAAGAAGUUUGUCCUGGAAAGUGAGCUGUCCCUUCACCAGCAAACAGACUGUGAAAAAAAUAUUCAGUGUGUUUCCUGUAAUAAAUCAUUCAAGAAACUCUGGUCCCUUCAUGAACAUAUCAAGAUCGUCCAUGGAUAUGCAGAAAAGAAAUUUUCCUGUGAAAUUUGUGAGAAGAAAUUCUAUACCAUGGCUCAUGUACGGAAACACAUGGUUGCACACACGAAAGACAUGCCAUUUACCUGUGAAACCUGUGGAAAGUCAUUCAAACGCAGUAUGUCACUCAAGGUGCACUCCUUGCAGCACUCUGGAGAGAAGCCCUUCAGAUGCGAGAACUGUGACGAAAGGUUUCAGUACAAGUACCAGCUACGCUCCCACAUGAGCAUCCACAUUGGGCACAAACAGUUCAUGUGCCAGUGGUGUGGCAAGGAUUUCAACAUGAAGCAGUACUUCGACGAGCACAUGAAAACACACACUGGAGAGAAACCCUUUAUCUGUGAAAUCUGUGGCAAAAGCUUCACCAGCCGCCCCAACAUGAAGAGGCACCGCAGAACUCAUACAGGCGAGAAGCCCUAUCCGUGUGAUGUGUGCGGCCAGCGGUUCCGCUUCUCCAACAUGCUUAAGGCCCACAAGGAGAAGUGCUUUCGGGUGACCAGCCCCGUGAACGUGCCGCCUGCUGUCCAGAUCCCACUCACAACCUCCCCGGCCACCCCGGUUCCUUCUGUGGGGAGCACCCCCACGACCCCCGCCCCUCCCAUCAGUAUGAACCCCGUCAGCACGCUAACCCCUCGGCCCAUGCCCCACCCCUUCUCGCACCUUCACAUCCACGCGCACCCUCACCACCCGCACCACCUUCCUAUCCCCCCAGUCCCUCACCUCCCCCCACCUCCAGCUCUCUUUAAGAGCGAGCCUUUAAAUAACAGGGGCCAGGGUGAGGACACCUUCCUGCGGCACCUGGCAGAGAAGAACAGUUCAGCCCAGCAUCACUAACAUCCAUCUCCUUAAAUGUGUUCUCCACGAGUUCCGUGCCCCGGUGUGAGUUUGCAGAGAGGGGGUUGGUGAGCAUUUCUGUAGCUGUCAGACUCUCCUCAGCCUCCGCCAAGAGCUUUGUCAUGGUCUUGGUGAAUCAGCACAUCCGAGGGAGUGGACAAGAAGACCUUGAGCUCACGGAGGGAACUGUCGAACCAGGGAACCACCGAACUAAAACCCAAUUUGCUUGCAUUUUCUGGUGACUUUUAUAAAUUUCAAAUACUCAGACUUGUGGAAUUUUAUAAUUUCAUAUCAGCUGAUGAGGUAUGCUUGCUUUUAUAUCCUGGACUUCUCCUCAAAGAGGGGACAGGCCUGGUUUCCUUUGUACUAAUCGGGAAGGCUGUGACAUUAAUCCAGAGCAUUAAUUGUAUCACUGUGUAUCGUAACAAAUUCUUUUCAGCUUUUGGUGCUGGCUUCAGAGUUGAGCUAGCCAUGUUUCACAGUAUAUCAAGCAUUAUAGAGAAAGACGGAAAUUUUCUUCUUUGUGUAGCUCUCCUAAUGCACUCUUUAUUUUACUACAGAAAUUAUUUUAGAGUUUUUGUAUAGACUUCUUUAGUAGUCUGUUUCUAAAAUGAAAUGUAUUUCAAUAAGCAGUGUAAUUUUUUCAGUGUAGCUGGACCUAUGUUGUAAAAUAGAAAAAAUUUUUAUAAUCAUCAAAAUGUGAUUCUUAAAGAUGCAUAUAACUUCUAUAGUUCAAAGUUAUUCUUACAUCCGUACAACUCAAAGGUGCUUCAGAGACUAGAUGUAUCUGAAAGGGUCUCCAGACCAGGUUAUUGCAAAAACGAGGUUUUGCUUUCGGAAUUUGGCAUAAGUACUUGGUAGUUUUUUAAUCUCUGCUUAACACUCGGGGGCCUGUUAGGCUCGUGGACAUGCUGUGUCCUCCAUGUUUCGUUUGGUUCAGUUAGUAUGUUGAAUGGAAUGAUUUGCAGAGGGUUGAGCCUUUUCCAGGGAGGUCACCUGAAGCUGGCCUGUUUUGAAAAUCUGAGUAAAGCUGUUCACCGUCAAGAGGAGGAGGUGACGGAGGCUGUUUCCUCUCAGUCACGUCUCGCUUCCCCCAGAAACGUGUUCAGGUUCAGCCUCUGUGGGACGACAAAUGGAAGUUUCCUAAUACACUGCUCACUUUAAGGUUGCUUUAUUUUUCUAGAAUUGUUACAAAAAGAUAAAAUAGUACACUAAAAUCACAAACAUGAUGUUGCUGAUAGUGGCUGAGAAAUUUGGAUAAGAACACAAAUUGGUUAUGACUUUUAAAAUGUCUCUUCUAUCCAUGGAUGUAGUCACAACUUCGAGCUAUUCUAACACAGUUUAAAUUGUGGUGAGAGAGAGAAAACGACGUUUUGCUGCCCUGUCCUCUGCAAGCGAUGAUGUGAUAGCAGCCUUCUUGGAUAAGGAGAGCCGCAAAUGGGGCAGGUUUGAAAGAGUUUGGGUAACUUCUAAAGAGCAUGGUCAAUCAGGAGCUCAUUAUAAGAAAGGCUGAACAGAAGGGCUAACAGAUUGGUUAUAUUUAACUGAUCACAUUUGUCCGGACUCAGUGUAGCUAAAAAUUUUGUAAUUUUUCAUCUCAGCGAACUGAGUUUCAAAACGAGGUCUACUUUCUUUCUUUCUCUCUCUCUCUCUCUCAUUUUUUUAAUCUUGAAAUGUCUUCAUUUUUCUUUCCUCAAGGUUUUAAAUCUUUGCCUGAAUCAGAACCCUGACUUUUAUUUAUUUUUUAUUUUUAAUAUUAAGUGUGCAGAUAGACUUACAGCACUUUUCUGGCUGAUUAGCUCCGUGGUAGGAAAACUGGAACUCUUUCCAUUGAGGUUAAGUCCCUAUUUUUAAAAUAUCGCAUUCUCUGUUAGCUUUUUGGUUUAAUAUUUCCAGAUUUUUUCCUUCUGAUUACUGCCUUUGUCUUCUAUAAUGAGCAUAGGAAAAUUUGGGAAUGAGACGGAAAAGUAUCUCAAGACAUACUUUUCCUGUUUUUGGUUUUAACUUCUAAGGAAUGUGGUUUUAAAUAUUUGUGUACAUUCUUUGAACACUCAAGUACCCAAACCAAUAAGAAAAGUUAAUUCCUUAUUUAUGACUGUUAUAUCUUUAGUGGCUGCCUCCCCUUAUUUACACAGUCUCCUUGGCAUUCCAUGACAAGGUUGUGGAUAUACACCUUUGUGUGGACAUACCAUUAUUUCAUGUCCAAGCUUGUAAUAUUAAAAUGAUGUUUAAGAUGUAAAUUACAGCUUAGUUAAUUGGUUAUACCUUAUUUUGUUCUAAAUAAAUUUACAAUAGUGGGCAGCAGUUCUGAAUUCUAGACUUGAGACCAUUGACUCCACCAUUUUAUGAGGUGUACUAUAAUUACACACUGGAAAAUUCAGGUAGUCAUAUUUGAUUUUUCAUUCAAGUGAAUAUAGCCAUAAGAAAAUAUCUACAUAGGAAAAAACAAUAUCUACAUAGGAAAACCAAUAUUAAGCAAAUAAUCACCACCACCCUUAACAGAAGCAAAGAAAGGAUUAUCUCUUUAAAAUAGCAGCAUUGUCACACAAUACAGUUCUUAGUGAAAUGUACUGUGGAAAAAUCUGGAAACUUCCAAUUUUUUUUUCCCUAGAUAAGCAUACCUUCUCUGAUUUGGGGUUUGUGGUCUUCGGGAAAACUGCUCGGAAUAUAAUGACUCCUCAUCAGUGUCUUGUUACAUAUGCCUAAUGAAAUGCAUUAAGAAUAUUCAUAACAUUAAUGCUUCUGAAUAGAAGAACUGCAGAAUUAAGCCUUAAACAUAUAUGCGCAUCAGGUUUAACACGCUUAAGACUCAAACUCAGGGUUAAAAUUUUGAUUGGGGUCCUCUACUAAAAUAAAAGUUGCAUUGUAUGGUGUGUUCCCUCCCACCUAUAGUACAGCACCCUGUGACUUCUUCAAAACUUAUUACCUACUUGUUAUCUGUUUAUGAAAAAAAGAACUAUGGAGGAGUUUGAGUUCUCAGCCCUUAUCUGUACUUAAAUUUCAAAGACAACAAAGGCCACAUUUCAGCAUUAUAUAGAUACCAAAUUGAGGCUGUUUCUCAUGACUUAAUUUUACUGUCUUCAAAGGCUUGUAUCGUUGCUAGAGUUAAGACUUACUUGAAAAUUCCCAGCUUGAGUUGCUAUUGCUUUUUAAAUUUUUUUUGCACUUUUUAAUUCUUUUCUCAUAGAUUUAUCAUUCAAAUAUAAACUCUUCCUUAGCCUUAAUGAAAGGCUGCUUGUUGCUUUCUCAAAUUGAGUGGGGCAGGCUCAUACUGAGUCAGAUUUUACAUUUGAGUGAAGAAACUAAGAUGAACAGUUUAAAAGCAUGUGGCUUCCUUUCCAUGUAUAUUUGUGAUUUCAUUCUUAGUUUUAGCAAGCAGGGAAGUUUCCACAUAAAACUUUACUACAGUAGUUCAAAGUAACCUUUGCAAAUCGGUUACGUAUACUUUUACAGUCUACCAUUUUUACAUUAACUGUUCUAAAUUAAUGACUGAGCAUGGACAUUACCAUAGUUGUACCAUCUUUUUUAAAACUACAUUGGUUGGAAGUACCUUUUCAUUGUGGUUAGAAUGCUCCCUCCCUAUGAUUUGAUUGCCCCUUGUAUACUAACUGGCGGCAAAAUACUCUGAAGAGAUACUUGUAAACUUUUAAUUUUCUACUUCUUGAAAUUUUUUUCACUUUUUAUGUUUUUUUGAAUGGAUAUGCUUGUUUAGCUUAAUUUUUAUUUCACUGGAAGUUUUAAAUUUUAAGAAAAUCAAGCAGAAAUAGAAAUCCAUUGCAGAUGUGUAUAUAUAUUUACCACAUCUUGAAGAUUUCCGUUAGUGAAACACAGAAUGGUAGGUGGGGUUUUAAUGUUUAAAAAAAAAAGAGAGAGAAAAGAAAACUAAAGUUAGAGAAACCCAUCUGUUUGAGCUACUGCAUAGAAGAGACAACUUUUAUUACAUCGCUGAUCCACAUGAUGAACAUUUCGAUGCUGUUCCAGACUGUAUGGGAAGUAUUUGAUGGAAAAGGGAUAAGUUACAUUUAAGAAUUUUAUCAGCUAUCUCCCAUUACAAAAAUCAACUCACUUGGAAUUCUUCAGGCUAUAAAAUUGAGCACGUAAAUAUUGGGUUUUAAUUUUCCUUUACCUAAACCAAGAUAGGAAAUUUCCCAAAAGAUCAUUUUUUUUCAGGAAUGAAAGGUCAUUAGCCACUAGAGAUACUGGCAUUAUUAUGUACUAGCAACACCCUAGCUAACCUGCUUUUGUCAUCUGUAGUGUUUAUAACAAAUAACGAUGACCUUCCAACCCUGGACACUACCUCGAUAAAGCAAACCAGAGAUCCUCUCUACACUUUCUAUGGAAGCCAUAAAAGUUGCCAUCAAUAUAUCUACUUUCAUAGUUCUGUACUUUUAUACUCUCUAGACUUUUUAUAGACUUUGUGAUCAGAUCUUUUUGUCUUAGAGGAUAGGUUUUGCAAGAUUCAAAGGAAAAUCAAACUCCUUGGUUGUCCCAGCUUUGAAGCUUUAGCCUCAGUAAAUUUGUUUAAAGAACUAGAUAAUGUACCACUUAUCAAAUUUUUCAUUAAACUAUUUUGCAGAAUUGCAUAUCGGGGAAAACAAACUUCUCUUUCUCAUUCCCUAAGUAGAAGCUAUAUUGUUGUAAGAAACUACUUACAAAGUGGAUUUCUACCUUGUUAGACUCUGUGUAUAACUUGAUAAUAUAUGUAUUGUCAUAAUGUUCCUGGAGUGGUUUUUAUUUCCUUAUGACAGGUUAGUGAGCGUACCGCUCUCACUAAUCCUGUAUUAUCUCACUGCAGCUUCAGUCUCUCUCACUCUGUUCUUGAGUGCCUUCAAAAAGCCAGCAUCAUGGAACAUUCUUUUCCUGAUCUAAAUCCUACCUCUGAUUAUUCAUCCUCCAUGAGUAUUGGAACUCACUCUUAUUCCAAUUGAUUUGUCUCUACAAACUAGCUCUAAAACCUUGGAUGUGAAUUUUUAAUGUAUUUCUGUUUUGUUCCCCCAUGUCGCUUUUAGAUUACAUUUUAAACUUUUACUUAUAUCUUAUUUCCUCACGUACUACAUGUCUAGUGAUGAAAGGUUUUAUCCUUAUCUGAACUCCUCAUGUUCCUUUCUUUCACCAGAAAGUAGAUGUUUCUUUCAAAUUAAAGGUCAUUGAGUAUCUCUUUUGCACAUCUUUUUCUCAUCUUAGUCUUCCCGAAUGCCUCCCCUUUCUGGUUAAGGGAUCUUGAAUGCUGCUCUUGCUAUGCCCUAUUCUGAUAUGCUCUCUCUCUUCGAGAAACAUUGUGCCAGGUUGUACCCAUAAUGUUAUUUUAGUCAAAUUAAUUUAAAAUUGCUCUCUGGGUUUAUCAGAAGUCCUUUUACUGAUGUUUGAUCUGCCUCUCUCAUCCUUCUGUCCCUCAAAAACUUCCAGUUACUUUCUCUUCUACUUGUUCACAUCUAAUUAAUCUUUAAAAUAUUGUUGAUACGUAGUAUAUGAAGGAUGUAAUAAAAAGGAGGUUUCAGUGUGUUCUCCAUGUGACAUGAGCACCUUAUUGAUGAAACAUUGUAGCAAUUGGCUCAUCUUUCACAGUCAGAACUGCAGCUUGUGCUGUGUACAGGUCUCUUGCUCCCUUUCAGUUCUCCUCCAAAACUGAAAACAAAUAGAACUCAUUAAAAUGAGGAAAUUAGAUUGCUUUUUUUUUUUUAAGUGAAUGAAAGCUAUUGAGUUGAGCCCUUUGGCCUUAGUCGAAAUUUUUCCUUUCUGACUUAAAACAUCAUGCCUCUUUCCUUAAAGUUAAUAAUACUAAUACUCAGGUUUUCAAGGCUAACUAACAACCACAUGAAGUGGGAGUCUAAGAAGGCAGCUGUUAAUAAAUUCUUGUUCCUUUUAUCUGGCGACAGUAUGUUAUUGGUGGGACAGUGUAAUAUUGUGAGAAUGCUUAUGUUUGAUAAUGAAUAAAUUCAAGACAUUUGAAGAUGUCACUGGCUGUUUGGAAUGGGAAUACUCGUUUACAAAAUGCAAAAAGUAGAUUUCUACAGAAAUAGGUAACAAGAGUUUCUUGUUUGAAAUCUUUUUGCUUUAGUAUGCCUUGACAGUCCCCAAACCUAGAAGUUUGCCUCUUUUAGGUAGUAACUGGCUACCUAAAGUAACCACUUUGAAUCUGUGGCUUCUCUCCUGGGAAUCUCAGGCAGUACAGCAGUGGGAGCCGUGCGGGGAGUGGGGGAGGAGGGGGGGGUGGUGCUCACACCUGAGGAGCUGCAUCCCUGAGACAGACUGUUGGCUUGUUUCAUGUCUUUGUAUGUAGGAGACGUUUGGCACAAGUAUCAAAGGGCCUUUGCCCCUAAGAAGUGUCUCCUCCACUUUCUAGUUUCACACUAUUUGAGCUUCCCUGGUGAGAUCAGGGAUGUUACAAAUUACUUGAAAAUGAUUUGGGGGAUGGGGCAAGAAGGGGUAGGAGCUGAAUUUUGCUUAACUUUGGAAGGAAAUCUGGAACUUGCGUUGUUGGUUUUGAUCAACCAAAGAGCCUGUCUCUAUAGCGGAUGGCCAAAGAAUCAAGUUGUUUCUAAAUAUCCAGCUCCUCCGAACAAACGCGGCUUCCUUCUUACCUGCCUUUAACAGGUGAAAAGGGACCGUGUGCUCACAAGGCCGGAGACACCAACUCACAUUCUGCAUAGGUCUUGAGGCUGCGUUUAAUUGCAUUCAAAAGUUGGUGGGAAAUAUUUUGUUCUUUUAGAAUCUCUAGCCUAUCCUAGAAAUAUCUUUUCUAUGCUCCAUUAUUCAACUCAUUAGACUUAUUCCAAAAGUAAAAAAGAAAGAAACUGUGUGGCAUAGUUUUGGUGUUUACUGCUGAAGUUGUAUCCCCAACCAUAUAUAUGCAGCCUCUGAAAAUCAGAUGAAUUCUUCUCAAUCUUCCGUAAGUUUGAAUAUGCAUCUUCCUCUUGACAUGGGCAGUGUGAUUCUGCUCCACCAGCAGUACUGGCUUUGUCCACAAGGGAGCAACAAAAUACUUUAGCUUCAUUAUUCUCACCUUCUAAAGAAAGAUCCCGCUUUUAAGUCUCUUAUAGAAUAUUCUCUCUAGGCUCAAUAUUUAUUAAUAGAUCUUGGUUUUUAAGACAUUUUCCCUUAUUACUAAGUGCUCAGCCUCAUGAUGGAAACAAAGGUUGAUAUGUGGGUCAGAGGUCCUUGUGGGUCAGGCAUCUGAAUUAGCCUUUUUACAUAUUGGUGCCAGAGAUUGAAAGCCAGAACCUUCCCAUUGGGGAUCCAUUGUGUGCUAAAUGCAGAGCAGGAAAGCCACCCUCCUUACUUUUUUCUCCCAAAUCCCACCACCAGCGCAGGGCCAUUACAUCUCUGAGAAGGACAAGAGCGGCAGGGGUAACUCUGGAGUAUGAAUGAGGAAGUGCUUCUUACCUUCUCUGCUCCAAGCAGAUGUCUGUUACAGCAGGGACCAAGUCAGCGGGGUCAGCCCUGUGUCCUGACCCGUAGGGAGUCCCCUGCAGCAGUCACUCCUCCCGGUUAGAAUUCAGUUUGUGUUCCCUCUGUGUCAGUUUCUUGUCUUAGGGCUCCUGACCCUCACCAGCUCUCUGACCGCAAGUUUUGUUUGUGCUCAUAGCAGCACCUUCCUCACAAGAAGCAGGUCAGUAAUCAACUAAGAGGAAACCCCAGACCCAAACUAUUUAGCCCGUAGAGCCAGGAGGCAUUUGCACCUGGAAUGGCCUUGCGAACAGACACCUCCUUGGCCCUUUUUCCCCAGCCGAGUCUGACCCUGAGCGAUACAGACAGAUAGAGGCAUCCGCUUGUAACCCCAGCACUUGGCAAAAAACAAAACUGAAGCUGUGAUUGGUUUAGGUAACAGGGGGCCAGGUGUAACUUGUUUAUCUUUAUUUUUGUUUUCCCCAACAGUACUGAAAUCACUUGCACUUUUCCUCAUUUCUUAAAGAAAAAAUCCAGUUUGCUUGCCAGGAAUUGUUCAGCGUUAGGUUUACAAAGCUUGUUGUUGAAUGUUGAACAUUUGUCCAAAGGAGUUUGACAAAACAGAAGCUGCUUGGUCCCUGUUCUGCCUGCUAGGUCAUAAGGAUUAAGGCCAUGUAGCUGGGGUACUUGUGUCAAGUCCAGAAGAGGGCAGUGUCCCUCUCCUACCUCUGUGAGGACACAGUUGAAGGUGAAGUUGGACUCAUGUAGGACAGGUACCUCUCGUGCUGCAAAGAAGUUUAGAGGAGUCUUUCAGUUGGGGAGGUGACAGGUAAUAGGACAGGAUCUCGUAAGAUGGGAAAGAUACUGGGGAGAGGAGAGCUGCUUGGCCCCAGGGAACCGUAGUAAGGGGGAACCAAGCUUCCCUCCUGAGUCUCCAAACUUGCCCAGCUUCCCUGAGUCCUCUGUAUUCCAGCAUCCUGUCAGAUCCCUCAAUGUACUGAUUUUCCCCCCUUGUGUUAACUAUACCAAUAUUAUUUUUUUAGCAAUUGAAAUGCACUUUUUAAUUUCAACUCAAUCAUGAUUUUAAGUAUAAAAAAUUUAUAGACUGUUAAAACUACUUUUUUGUGUAUUUUUAACCACUUGAUGUAGCAUUGUUUAUUUUAUUCUUAUGAGACUCUGGUACAAGGUGUGCCACUUCAUGAUAUUUCUGAGAUGCUGGGCCUUUGGAUGUGUACGGUAACCAACUUAAUGCUAAUGUUCACAGUAAAAAAAAAAAAAAAAAAAAAGAAAGUAGUCAUAUCCA